AUUUAUAGACAAACAUUGUUCUGAUAAUACUAACUUCAAAUUUGAUACCAUGGCAGCAGUAGCCAGGGAGAAUUUAACUAACAGAUUUUGUUCAAUAUACAGGGAAAUGUAUUUGGCCAAGUCUUAUCACCUCUCUGAUAAAAUAUUGACUCAUAUGACUCCUUAAUGUCUCUGAGCUCCUGCCAUGUAAGACCAUACAAUUGUGUUACUCCUUGAGAAAUUCCUUUAAUGAUAUGGAAGGACUCCACUCACGAGUUUAAAAAGAUUUCUUGUAGUAAAUUGUAAUAGCAGUAGAGAUUUAGAGUAGGAAAUACAGGAAAACCUUUCUCACUGAGUACAAGAGAAUUUCACCUACAAUAAAAUUAUUUCUUUUCCAAUUUAAAUGCAGUUAGAAAUUAUUCUCUCCAGCCAAUGUUUCUAAGGCUGCCCCCUAAUGGUCUUGCUUCUCCUUGCAUAUAAUUUCUCUUAAGGCCUGUAUCAUUUGCAUUAUCUGUAUUCACGAGUAAUUUGGAUCUACUGAUUAAUUUUAGCCUUUUAUAAAAUUUUUAAAAAGUUGGAAUUCUUCCCUAAAUCCUGUUCUUUCUUUCCAACUGACUCACAGUGCUCUGUACUGCCAAAUUCAUAACACUGGUAAAUUUCCAAGUGAAGCGUAAAGAUUAGAAGCAUCUAGAAUAAAUAACUUAGGUCGGUCAUAUUCUGAUACUCUGAAGAGUGAGGUGUCUAUAACGGACUACCCUAGGAGCCUGUAACAUUCACUCUCGUUUGAAGAAUUAAUUUUUGUUUCUUUGAUUUGUUAAAAUUGCUUCAUUCCAAUAGUUACGUGAGAGGGUGGUGGUUUCCUCUAAUCACAUACAUUAUUCUGGAGUUUCUCAUCGUGACUGAGAGACAUCCUGAUAAUAUACAUGUAGGAGAGAUAUUGGGGCUGGAGCUAAACAGUCAGACAGAACGCCGAAAAGGGCUUCAGAUUCUUGAGGACUCCUUCCCCGUCCCCGUCCCCAAGGCACCCGCCCGAUUCAAGAUGGCUUCCCAGAAACAGGUAACUAGGAGUUGUUUUAGUUCGGAGCGCCCCCAACAGCAGGGGCCAAAAAGAGAUGCUGAGGGGCCGGGCCGCCGGUAAACUGAGCCGUCAGAGGCGAACUGCCGCCAGAUUUUAUUUUCAAUCAGGCAUAUCUGUGGUUGUCUACGUACCCUUCCCAGCCUUUUAGGGCCUCCCACCCUUAAGAGACUUCCUGGAUGGCGCUCACACUAACCCGCUGGAAGAGGCCCGGCUUCGGCCCUGCCAUUGGUGGGUGAGGGAGCAGGGGGGCGGAGCCUAGGGAGAAUGGACUACUAGCAAGCUAGAUUGAGGCGAGGGCUGGCCAUGCUCCGCCGGAAGGCGCCUUGUUCUCCGAGAGGGUGAGUUGAAACGCUGACGGGAGAGGAAGCACCAGGACUUGUUCAGGUCUGCGGAGCUCACUGGUUUUCUGUUGCAUUAUGUAAACUCUUUACUGGCACAAGACCCCUCCCCCUUCCUUGGAGAGUUUCACCAUCUUCCUCUGAAGACCUAGCCAUCUUGUUCCAUGAAGGUCAGGACAAUCUGACAUGCACUUGUUUCUUGCUUCUUCACUUGAAGAGUAGUCCUCUUCCAUUGUGUACAUUUUUUUCUUAAUAGGGGAGGGGAGGGGAGAGCCAGUACCCCCCCUCCCCUUCCCUACUUAGACCUUGGGGAAAUACUCUCCAUUGCUUUCCCAAGAUGGCAGACCCCAUCAUGGACCUGUUUGAUGACCCAAAUUUAUUUGGCCUGGACUCUCUGACUGAUGACAGCUUUAACCAGGUCACUCAAGACCCUAUUGAGGAAGCCCUUGGACUGCCAAGCUCUCUGGACUCCUUGGAUCAGAUGAACCAGGAUGGUGGAGGUGGUGAUAUGGGAAAUUCAUCAGCAAGUGACCUGGUCCCCCCAUCAGAGGAAACAGCUCCCACAGAACUUCCCAAAGAAUCCACAGCUCCAGCUCCAGAAUCCUUAACCUUGCAUGAUUAUACCACUCAGCCCGCCAGCCAGGAGCAGCCAGCCCAACCUGUAUUACAGACACCGACGCCAACACCGGCACUUUUGCAGGUCUCCAAGAGCCAGGAGAUCCUGAGCCAAGGGAAUCCUUUCAUGGGUGUCUCUGCCACAGCUCUCUCCUCCAGUAGUGCUGGAGGGCAGCCACCUCAGUCAGCCCCUAAGAUUGUUAUCCUUAAGGCCCCACCAAGCUCCUCAGUCACUGGUGCUCAUGUGGCACAAAUUCAGGCCCAAGGUAUCACCAGCACAGCUCAGCCCCUGGUGGCUGGCACAGCCAAUGGUGGAAAAGUCACUUUUACCAAAGUGCUAACGGGCACACCCCUUCGACCAGGUGUUUCCAUUGUCUCUGGUAAUACAGUGUUGGCCGCCAAGGUCCCUGGGAACCAGGCUGCUGUUCAGCGCAUUGUCCAGCCCAGCCGACCAGUAAAGCAGCUGGUCCUUCAACCAGUUAAGGGUUCAGCUCCUGCUGGAAACCCUGGGGCCACAGGGCCCCCACUGAAGCCUGCAGUUACACUGACCUCUACACCUGCCCAGGGUGAAUCGAAACGCAUCACCCUGGUCCUCCAGCAGCCACAGUCUGGAGGUCCCCAAGGACAUCGGCAUGUUGUGCUAGGGAGUCUACCAGGCAAGAUAGUGUUACAGGGCAACCAGCUGGCAGCCCUCACUCAAGCCAAGAAUGCCCAGGGGCAGCCUGCCAAAGUAGUAACUAUCCAGCUGCAGGUGCAGCAGCCACAGCAAAAAAUCCAGAUUGUACCACAGCCUCCUUCUUCACAGCCACAGCCCCAGCAGCCACCCUCAACCCAGCCAGUGACUCUCUCCUCUGUGCAGCAGGCUCAGAUAAUGGGACCAGGACAGAGCCCAGGACAAAGACUUUCUGUACCAGUCAAGGUGGUGCUGCAGCCACAGGCUGGCUCUUCCCAAGGGGCCUCUUCUGGGCUUUCUGUAGUUAAAGUUCUAAGUGCCAGUGAAGUGGCAGCUCUCUCAUCACCAGCAAGUUCUGCUCCUCAUUCGGGGGGAAAGACAGGAAUGGAAGAAAACCGCAGGCUGGAGCACCAGAAGAAGCAAGAGAAGGCAAAUCGGAUUGUAGCAGAGGCUAUUGCUAGGGCCCGUGCCCGGGGUGAGCAGAACAUACCUCGAGUCCUGAAUGAAGAUGAGUUGCCCAGCGUUCGGCCGGAGGAGGAAGGUGAGAAGAAACGCAGGAAGAAGAGCAGUGGAGAGAGGCUGAAGGAGGAAAAGCCAAAGAAGAGCAAAACAUCUGGUACCUCCAAAACCAAGGGCAAGAGUAAGCUAAACACCAUCACUCCUGUAGUGGGUAAGAAAAGAAAACGCAAUACCUCAUCUGAUAAUUCAGAUGUGGAAGUCAUGCCUGCACAAUCACCUCGGGAAGAUGAAGAAAGCAGCAUUCAGAAGAGACGCUCAAACCGCCAAGUUAAGCGAAAAAAGUAUACAGAGGACCUGGAUAUAAAGAUCACAGAUGAUGAAGAAGAAGAAGAGGUAGAUGUAACUGGUCCAAUAAAACCUGAGCCUAUCCUCCCUGAACCAGUGCAAGAACCAGAUGGCGAGACUUUGCCUUCCAUGCAAUUCUUUGUGGAGAAUCCCAGUGAAGAAGAUGCAGCCAUUGUAGACAAAGUGCUUUCUAUGCGGAUUGUGAAGAAAGAGCUUCCUUCUGGACAGUAUACUGAAGCAGAAGAAUUCUUCGUCAAGUAUAAGAACUACUCCUAUCUACACUGUGAAUGGGCCACUAUCUCCCAACUUGAAAAGGAUAAGAGGAUCCAUCAAAAACUAAAGCGCUUCAAAACCAAAAUGGCUCAGAUGAGACACUUCUUCCAUGAGGAUGAAGAGCCCUUCAAUCCAGACUAUGUAGAGGUGGAUAGGAUAUUGGAUGAGUCUCACAGUAUUGACAAGGACAAUGGGGAGCCUGUUAUUUACUACCUGGUGAAAUGGUGCUCUCUGCCCUAUGAGGAUAGUACAUGGGAGCUAAAAGAGGAUGUUGAUGAAGGCAAGAUUCGAGAAUUUAAACGGAUACAGUCAAGGCACCCAGAACUCAAGAGGGUGAAUCGUCCGCAGGCAAGUGCCUGGAAGAAACUGGAGCUGUCACAUGAAUAUAAAAACAGAAACCAGUUAAGGGAAUAUCAGUUGGAAGGGGUCAAUUGGCUGCUAUUUAAUUGGUAUAACAGACAGAACUGCAUCCUGGCUGACGAGAUGGGAUUGGGCAAAACUAUUCAGUCCAUUGCCUUCUUGCAGGAGGUAUAUAAUGUGGGCAUCCAUGGCCCCUUCUUGGUAAUUGCCCCACUGUCCACAAUUACUAACUGGGAGCGAGAAUUCAAUACAUGGACAGAGAUGAACACUAUUGUGUACCAUGGCAGUCUGGCCAGCCGGCAGAUGAUUCAGCAAUAUGAAAUGUACUGCAAAGAUUCACGGGGGCGCCUCAUCCCAGGUGCAUACAAGUUUGAUGCCCUGAUCACUACUUUUGAGAUGAUUUUGUCAGACUGUCCUGAGCUUCGGGAGAUUGAAUGGCGUUGUGUCAUCAUUGAUGAGGCCCAUCGACUUAAGAACCGUAAUUGCAAGCUACUUGAUAGUCUCAAACACAUGGACCUGGAACACAAAGUGCUACUAACAGGAACACCUUUGCAAAAUACUGUGGAGGAACUGUUUAGUUUGCUUCAUUUCUUGGAACCUUCACAGUUUCCCUCAGAAUCAGAAUUCCUCAAGGACUUCGGGGAUCUCAAAACAGAGGAACAGGUUCAAAAGCUACAGGCUAUUCUCAAGCCAAUGAUGCUAAGAAGACUCAAAGAGGAUGUUGAAAAAAACUUGGCACCCAAACAGGAAACUAUUAUUGAAGUAGAGCUGACUAACAUCCAGAAGAAAUACUAUCGGGCUAUUUUGGAGAAGAAUUUCUCCUUCCUUUCCAAAGGGGCAGGUCAUACCAACAUGCCUAAUCUACUCAACACAAUGAUGGAGUUGCGCAAGUGCUGCAACCACCCAUAUCUCAUCAAUGGUGCAGAAGAAAAAAUCCUAACAGAAUUUCGGGAAGCUUGCCACAUUAUACCUCAUGACUUCCACCUGCAGGCCAUGGUUCGUUCAGCUGGCAAAUUGGUUCUUAUUGACAAGUUACUUCCAAAGCUUAAAGCUGGUGGCCAUAAAGUUCUGAUCUUCUCCCAGAUGGUACGCUGCCUAGAUAUCCUAGAGGAUUAUCUAAUCCAGAGGAGGUACUUAUAUGAACGUAUUGAUGGGCGAGUUAGAGGCAACCUUCGACAGGCUGCUAUUGACCGCUUCAGCAAACCUGAUUCAGACCGCUUUGUCUUCCUGCUGUGCACCCGGGCUGGUGGACUUGGUAUUAAUCUUACAGCUGCUGAUACAUGCAUCAUCUUUGAUUCAGACUGGAAUCCACAAAAUGACCUGCAGGCCCAGGCACGGUGUCAUCGAAUUGGGCAGAGCAAAGCUGUGAAGGUGUACCGUCUAAUCACUCGUAAUUCCUAUGAGAGAGAGAUGUUUGAUAAGGCUAGCCUCAAGUUGGGAUUGGAUAAGGCUGUGCUUCAGUCCAUGAGUGGUCGGGAUGGCAACAUUACUGGAAUCCAACAAUUCUCCAAGAAGGAGAUUGAAGAUCUCUUAAGAAAAGGAGCAUAUGCAGCCAUAAUGGAGGAAGAUGAUGAGGGCUCCAAGUUUUGUGAAGAGGACAUUGACCAGAUCUUGUUAAGACGAACUACAACCAUCACCAUUGAAUCUGAAGGAAAAGGUUCUACCUUUGCCAAGGCAAGCUUUGUUGCUUCUGAAAAUAGGACAGAUAUUUCUCUGGAUGAUCCUAACUUUUGGCAAAAGUGGGCCAAAAAGGCUGACCUAGACAUGGAUCUUCUCAAUAGCAAGAACAACUUGGUGAUUGACACACCUAGAGUACGAAAACAGACCCGCCACUUCAGCACCCUGAAAGAUGAUGACUUGGUAGAAUUCUCUGAUUUGGAAAGUGAGGAUGAUGAGCGGCCACGCUCCCGCAGACAUGACCGUCAUCAUGCCUAUGGACGCACUGACUGCUUUCGGGUAGAAAAGCACCUCCUGGUAUAUGGUUGGGGACGAUGGCGAGAUAUUUUAUCUCAUGGACGAUUCAAGCGACGUAUGACUGAACGAGAUGUGGAGACAAUUUGCCGGGCUAUCCUUGUGUACUGUCUUUUACACUACCGGGGGGAUGAAAAUAUCAAAGGUUUCAUCUGGGACUUGAUUAGCCCUGCUGAAAAUGGCAAGACAAAAGAAUUGCAGAAUCAUUCAGUCUUCAAUGUCCCCCCUUUCCCAGGUCUGUCUAUCCCUGUGCCCCGUGGACGCAAGGGGAAAAAAGUAAAGUCACAAAGCACUUUUGAUAUCCAUAAGGCUGAUUGGAUCCGGAAAUAUAACCCUGACACUUUGUUCCAAGAUGAGAGUUAUAAGAAGCACUUGAAACAUCAGUGUAAUAAGGUAUUGUUGCGGGUAAGAAUGCUAUACUACCUGAGGCAAGAGGUUAUUGGAGACCAGGCAGAGAAGGUGUUAGGGGGUGCCAUUGCCAGUGAGAUUGACAUAUGGUUCCCAGUAGUGGAUCAGCUGGAGGUUCCAACAGCCUGGUGGGACAGUGAGGCUGACAAGUCCCUCCUCAUUGGAGUCUUUAAGCAUGGCUAUGAGAAAUAUAAUACUAUGAGAGCAGACCCAGCCUUAUGCUUCCUGGAAAAGGCUGGUCGACCAGAUGAUAAAGCCAUUGCAGCAGAACAUCGAGUGUUAGAUAAUUUCUCUGACAUAGUUGAAGGGGUUGACUUUGAUAAAGAUUGUGAAGAUCCUGAAUAUAAACCACUGCAGGGUCCCCCGAAGGACCAAGAUGAUGAGGGUGAUCCCUUGAUGAUGAUGGAUGAGGAGAUCUCAGUGAUUGAUGGAGAUGAAGCCCAGGUGACCCAACAGCCAGGCCAUCUCUUCUGGCCUCCAGGCUCUGCCCUAACAGCUAGGCUUCGGCGCCUGGUAACAGCCUAUCAGCGUAGCUACAAGAGGGAACAGAUGAAGAUAGAGGCUGCAGAACGUGGGGACCGGCGAAGGCGGCGUUGUGAAGCAGCCUUCAAACUCAAAGAAAUUGCACGGCGGGAAAAACAACAACGAUGGACAAGGCGUGAACAAACUGAUUUCUAUCGUGUUGUGUCUACUUUUGGUGUGGAAUAUGACCCUGACACCAUGCAGUUCCAUUGGGAUCGCUUCCGCACUUUUGCUCGACUGGACAAAAAAACAGAUGAAAGCCUUACCAAGUAUUUUCAUGGCUUUGUGGCCAUGUGCCGUCAGGUCUGCCGCCUUCCCCCAGCAGCUGGAGAUGAACCCCCAGACCCUAAUCUGUUCAUUGAGCCCAUCACUGAGGAGAGGGCCUCACGGACUCUCUACCGUAUUGAAUUGCUGCGGCGCUUACGGGAGCAAGUUUUAUGCCACCCCCUUUUGGAAGAUCGGCUGGCAUUGUGUCAGCCUCCAGGUCCUGAAUUGCCCAAAUGGUGGGAGCCUGUUCGGCAUGAUGGGGAGCUUCUACGAGGGGCAGCCCGUCAUGGGGUGAGCCAAACAGACUGCAACAUCAUGCAGGACCCAGACUUCUCUUUUCUGGCUGCCCGUAUGAAUUAUAUGCAGAACCAUCAGGCAGGAGCACCAGCUCCGUCCCUGUCACGCUGCUCUACUCCACUGCUACACCAGCAGUAUACCUCGCGCACUGCCUCACCAUUGCCCCUUCGCCCAGACGCUCCUGUUGAAAAGUCACCUGAGGAGACAGCUGCCCAGGUCCCCGGUCUGGAGAGUCUAACUUUAAAGCUAGAGCAUGAGGUGGUGGCCAGGAGCCGACCAACCCCACAAGACUAUGAGAUGCGAGUAGUCCCCUCUGAAACUACCCCUCUGGUUUCCCGGAGUGUUCCACCAGUCAAACUGGAGGAUGAGGAUGAUUCAGACUCCGAGCUGGACUUGAGCAAGCUGUCACCAUCAUCUUCUUCUUCCUCAUCCUCAUCCAGCUCCAGCUCCAGCACUGAUGAGAGUGAGGACGAGAAGGAAGAAAAGCUAACUGCUGACCGGUCCCGCUCAAAGCUCUAUGAUGAAGAGAGUCUCCUGUCUCUCACCAUGUCCCAAGAUGGAUUCCCAAAUGAAGAUGGAGAACAGAUGACUCCUGAGCUGCUGCUGCUGCAGGAAAGACAAAGAGCUUCUGAGUGGCCCAAGGAUCGUGUCCUGAUAAACCGCAUUGACCUCGUCUGCCAGGCUGUACUCUCAGGGAAGUGGCCUUCUAGCCGCAGGAACCAGGAAAUGAUAACAGGAGGGGUCUUGGGGCCAGGCAACCACUUGCUAGACAGUCCCUCAUUGACGCCUGGAGAAUAUGGUGACUCUCCAGUCCCUACACCUCGAAGUAGCAGUGCAGCUUCCAUGGCAGAGGAGGAAGCGUCUGCAGUCACCACAGCAGCAGCCCAGUUCACCAAACUUCGCCGAGGCAUGGAUGAGAAGGAGUUUACAGUUCAGAUCAAAGAUGAGGAAGGAUUGAAGUUAACAUUCCAGAAGCACAAGUUGAUGGCUAAUGGAGUAAUGGGAGAUGGACAUCCACUAUUUCAUAAGAAGAAGGGGAACAGAAAGAAGGUAGUAGAGCUGGAGGUGGAGUGCAUGGAAGAGCCUAAUCACCUUGACGUGGACCUGGAGACCCGGAUACCUGUCAUCAAUAAGGUGGAUGGUACUUUGCUGGUGGGUGAGGAUGCCCCUCGCCGGGCUGAACUGGAGAUGUGGUUACAGGGUCAUCCAGAGUUUGCUGUCGAUCCCCGAUUCCUAGCGUAUAUGGAGGAUCGCAGAAAACAGAAGUGGCAGAGAUGUAAAAAAAAUAAUAAGGCAGAAUUGAAUUGUUUGGGAAUUGAACCAGUACAGACAGCUAACUCUAGGAAUGGAAAAAAGGGUCACCACACUGAAACUGUGUUCAACCGAAUUUUGCCAGGGCCUAUUGCACCGGAGAGCAGCAAGAAGCGGGCCCGCAGGAUGCGACCAGACCUUUCUAAGAUGAUGGCCCUGAUGCAGGGUGGAGGCACUGGGUCCCUAUCUCUGCAUAACACCUUCCAACACAGCAAUAGUGGCCUACAGUCUGUGUCGUCUUUGGGUCACAGUAGUGCCACUUCUGCAUCUUUGCCUUUUAUGCCGUUUGUGAUGGGUGGUGCAGCAUCAUCCCCUCAUGUAGACUCCAGCACCAUGCUUCAUCACCACCACCACCACCCCCACCCCCACCAUCACCACCAUCACCAUCCAGGCUUGAGAGCCACUGGCUACCCCUCUUCACCAGCGACUACCACUUCUGGUAAUGCCUUGCGGCUGCCACCACUGCAACCUGAGGAGGACGACGAGGAUGAGGAUGAAGAUGAUGAUGAUGAUUUAUCUCAGGGCUAUGAUAGCUCAGAAAGGGACUUCUCACUCAUUGAUGAUCCUAUGAUGCCAGCCAACUCAGAUUCCAGUGAAGAUGCUGAUGACUGA